AUGCUGAGUGGACGACUGGCCGGGCGUGUGGUCUCCAUGGCCGGCCGCGUCUGUCUGUCCCGGAGCAGCGCGGGAGCGGGGACUGUCGGUCCGGUGGAAGCUGCCAUUCGCGCAAAGUUGGAGCAGGCGUUGAGCCCUGAGGUACUGGAGCUGCGCAACGAGAGUCGAGGCCACGCGGUCCCACCAGGCAGCGAGACGCAUUUCCGUGUAGCUGUAGUGAGCUCUCGCUUCGAGGGACUGAGCCCUUUGCAGCGGCACCGGCUGGUCCACGAAGCGCUGUCGGAGGAGCUGGCAGGGCCGGUGCACGCACUGGCUAUCCAGGCGCGGACCCCGGCUCAGUGGAGGGAGAACCCUCAACUGGACAUGAGCCCUCCCUGCAUGGGUGGAAGCAAGAAAACUCGAGGAACCCCCUAA